UGCGUCGGGUCCAGGCAGCGGCGGAGUCGCGAUCGACAACAAGAUCGAACAAGCCAUGGACCUGGUGAAGAGCCAUUUGAUGUUCGCGGUGCGAGAAGAGGUGGAGCUGCUGAAGGAGACCAUAACUGAGUUGAAGGAGCGCAUUUCGGACCUGGAGUACGAGAACGGGAUCCUGCGGGCCCACGCGAACUCGGACACGCUGGCCCUGGUGCAGUCGGCGAAGGCGGCCGCCGUGAUCCGUGCCACCCCGACGGCGGUCAACUCGUCGUCAUCGUCGACGUCUUGUGCGACGACGGUGCCGACGACCACGACGGUGGCGGCGUCGUCGUCGGCAACCUCGUCGACUGCCACGACUUCCACGCCAGUGGCCAUGUCGACGACGGCGACAGUGCUGGCGGACGUGCCGAGCCAGCAGUUGUCGGUGGCGGCCGUCGCGGCGGCGGCUGCUGCUGCACAGGCCGCCGCCGCCAUCUCCCAGUGACUCCUCUUCUCUCUCUCUCCCCCUCUCCCUCUUGGCUUCAACUUCCGUCUCCCUCUCUGUUCGUUCGUUCGUUCGCUUGUUCCUUCCGCUGCGAUUUUGCUUUCAUUUUGGUUUUUGUUCUUUCACCCCGGGGGAAAAAGAACUGUCGGUGCUUGUCCCAUUCCAAACAGGGUUAUUUUCCACUGGAUUGGCAAUGAAUAUCGCUCAACAAUCAAAUUCUGCAGGAACCAUGACAUUUAGUUGAUCUGAACCUUCUCAGAAACUGCAAUAAAAUAUUCAUCUUCUGCUUUGUUGUUGUAAAAGAAGGCAGUACUGUAGUAAUAAAAAUGAAAAUAAUAUUACCCUGUGCGAAUUGGCAACCCAGCACUGAUAACGCCUCAAGAUUGUUUCAAGCCUCUGAAGAAAGAUGAUGCUUUGAACGUGUUGCUUGUGGAAUGGAGACAAAAGAAAAAGAGAAGGUGUUGCGGGCGUAUCCGUCGACGAAUUUUCGACCCCUGUGUUUUUUGAUCUAGUUUUUCGAAAGAAUGAAAGUUCCGCGACGCAUUCGGAAGUUUUUUAUUUUCCUGAUGUUCUACGGUGAAAAAUUCGGUUCAUUUCCUGCUAGUCGAUAAUUCCGAUUCGAAUUAGAAUAACUUCGGGUAAAAUUUUUCACAGUGGUGAAUAACUUGGUGGUGGUUGUAAUUGUGUUCCAUUCGAUGGGUGGUCAAGUGUUGUGGUUGCCAGUGGAGCACGUUUUUUUUUUUCAUUUCGCGCAGUUCGGUUCUUCGAAAAGAAAAAGAGGCUGGUUUUUAAUUGAGAAGGAAAAAAAAGUUGAAGGAAGGAGAAGAGAAAGUUGGCGUGCCAUUUGUUUGGGUUUCCAACAACGUCUUCCAGGGCUCCGAAUUUUUUUUUCGGCAUUAAGCAUUUUGUUCUAUUUUGUUUUUAUGGAUCUGAUGAUGACCCCCUGGAAAAUUGUUUGCCGCGACAAUUUCCAUCCGGUGAGAAGAGGAUAGCGUCGUCUUUGUUUUUUUUUUUUUAUCCGACAACGAAUGUGCUCCUCAAAAAUUUUGUAUUCGUUUUAAUUUCUCCCCGUGGGGAGAAAGAAAAGAUGGAACGAGUAUUUCGGUGUGAUUGGAAGGCAAAGAAGAGAGGAGAAGCAAAAAGCUCGAGAAGCACAGAGUGAUGAAGUCUUUCCGUGCCUCUCCCAUUGAAGGUUUUUUUGUCCUGUCUUGGUCGUUUUUCUCUGAAAAAUGCUCGCGUCUUUUCCAUCGACGAUUUUCGUGGAUAUCGGCAAGCUUUUGUUCGUUUUUUUUGCGCAGGUGUGAGAGAGAGGGGCUUUUUCCUGUGAGCGCGGCCGCGAUUCACGCGGCUGUCAAGAAAGAAAAUUUUUUGAGAAAUUUUUUCGGUUGCGAUGGGGGAGAGUUGUGGUGAAUGGCUAUAAAAGCAAAAAGAAAAAAGGAGAGUGAUACGAUGUGUCGAGUUGGGAGAAGGAAACCAAAAUGAAAAUCGGAUGACGGA